CCUCUAUCUCGCAAUCCUAGAUGACGUUAUCGAUCUCUAGAUAUUGUUUCUUCGAUAAAAUUCAGCUGCUUCUUCUGCAUCCAUUAUAUUUGUCGCGGAUCGCACACACGUUUCAACGCGGUCGCAAUGAACACUGCCCUCAGAGUAGUGUGUUUCGCGGCGGCGCUGGUCAGCGCCUCCGCCUUCUCAAUCGAAUUGAGACAAGAUCCGGAGACGUUAUGCAUCGGCCAAGAGAACUUCUUGCGCAUUCCCAGAGCCGAGAGCUGCACCUUCUACUUCCAAUGCUAUGCUGGACGGUCGUACUUGAUGCAGUGCCCGUAUGGAGCGUGGUUUAAUGAACAGGAACAGGUAUGCGAUUCGUCUGAUCCCCCAGCUGGUUGUGAAGUCGAGCAAGAACCAGUUCCCAUCCCACAACCUGAGCCCGAACCAGAGCCAGAGGUAGAAGAAUCCGAAGAAGUAGAAGAAGUUGAGCCAGAAGAUAACGAAGAAGUAGAAGAAGUUGAGCCAGAAGAUAACGAAGAAGUAGAAGAACCUGAAGCAGAAGAUAACGAAGAAGAAGAAGUUGAACCAGAAGAUGACGAAGAUAAUAGAGAACAAUCAGAAGAUCAGGAUGAGGAAGAGGAGGCUGAAACAGAGGAACCCGAAGAGGAAGUGGAAGAAGAAACAGAAUCUUCAGAAGAGUCAGAAGAAGAAGCAAAUAGACUUAGAAAGAGACACAUUAAACAAAACGACAUUGAUAUGCCAGAAGAAGGUGAUAUUGAAUAUGAAGAAAUUAUACCUCUUGUGAAAAGCAAAAAACUGAAACACCACGAUCAUGACGAUGAUGACGACGACCAUGACCAUCAUCAUCAUCAUCACGAUCACGACCACGACCACCAUCACGAUCACGAUCAUCAUGAUCAUGACCACGACCACCAUCACGAUCACGAUCAUCAUGAUCACGACCACGAUCACGAACAUGAACACGACCACGAUCAUGAACAUGGCCACGAUCACGAACAUGACCACGAUCACGACCAUGACCACGAUCACGACCAUGGCCACGAUCACGACCAUGGCCACGAUCACGACCAUGGCCACGAUCAUGACCACGACCAUGAUCAUGAACAUGACCACGAACAUUCUCAUGAGGAUCAACUUGAAGGUUCUGGUGAAGCUCUUGAACAAGCGCGUAAAAUAUCUAACAAGCGUAUUAAAUUACAAGAGGAAGUUGAGAAUGAAGACGAAGUAGAUGAUGAGAUCAAGAGAUCGAAAAGACAAGAGGAGAAUGAGGAUGACAACGACGACGAGGAUGUUGAAGAUGAUUUAAGAACAGUGUUUAAAAAACGUACCUUAAAACAAGUUGAGGAUGAAGAGGAAAACAUUGAUGAUAAUGAAUUCGAUGUCAAAAUAAUCCGUAAAAGAAGACAAACCGAAGACGAGGAAAUUGAAGAAGAAUCUGACGGUGAAGAGAAACGUCGCAAGAGACAAAAUGACGACGAUGAAAAUGAUGAGAAUGGUGACGAUGGCGAUGGUGAUAAUGAUGACGAUGACGAGGAAAGGCGCAAAAGACAAAAUGAUGAAGAGGAUGAGGAUGACGAUGAGGAUUCUCAGGAUAGGUUAAAGCGUCGUAAAAGACAAGCUGAUGAUGAGGAUGAUGAAGAUGACGAUAAUGACGAUGAGGAGCGCCGCAAAAGACAGAACGAUGAAGAUGAAAACGAUGAUGAAGAUGACGAUGAAGCUGAAGAUAGAUUAAAGCGCCAAAAGCGACAAGCUGAAGAUGAGGAAGAAGAGGGAUCUGGCGAUGAAGAAAAACGCCGCAAGAGACAAAACGAUGAAGAUGAUGAGGAUGACGACGAAGAAAGCCGCAAACGGCAAGAGGAUGAAGAGGAUAAUGAAGAAGACGACGAAGAAUCUGAGAAAAAACUAAAGCGUCAAAAGAGACAAGCCGAAGACGAAGACAAUGAGGAAUCUGACGUUGAAGAGGAAAGUCGUAAAAGGCAAGAGGACGAAGAUGAAGAUGAUGAAGAUAAAGAUGAAGAACGCCGCAAAAGGCAAGAGGACGAAGAGAAUGGUGACGAAGAUGGAGAGGCUGAAGAGGAUGAUUCUGACAGGAAAUUGAAGCGUCAAAAGAGACAAUCUGAAGACGAAGAAGAUGAAGAAGAUUCUGAAGAUAGUUUAAAGCGUCAAGAGGAAGAAGGUGACGAUGAUAAUGAUGAUGAUGAUGAUGUUAAUGAGGAUGACGAUGAAGAACGCCGCAAAAGGCAAGAGGAUGAUGAUAAUGACGACGAUGAUGAAGAUGGUGAAGAGGAUGAUGCUGACAGUAAAUUGAUGCGUCAAGAAGAUGACAAGGAUGAUGAUGAUGAUGACGAUGAGGAUGAAGAGAAAUUCAAACUUUUGAAAUUAAUUCGCCGAUCUUUAAAACAAAGUGAUGACGAUGAACAGGAAGAUGAGGAAGAGUCUUUGAAGAAAAUGCGACAGGAAGAAUCUGACGGUGAUGAUGAUGAGGAUGACGAAGACGCUGAAUCUGAUGAUGAUGUUGAUGAAGAAGAUGAAGAUGAUGAUGAUGAUGAAGAAUCAAAGAAACUGAAGCAAGACGAUUCGGAAGAUGAAGAAAAUGAAAGUGUGGAAGAAGGAAAUCUAUUCUAUAGAUGGCUGCACAGAACUUUCGCUUAAGACGUUGGUGUAUUUCAAACGCAUCUCCAUAUCGAGUGCUCCUUUGAAAUGAAGUAGUUAUUAGUUAUUUAUUAAGUAUUAAGAGUUAUGAGCAGAAUCACUUUGUGCAAUUUUGUAAAUAUUUGACGUGAGCGUGUAAUAAAUUUAUU